AUGGACGCGAACUUGGUGGUGACCGGUGCCGUGACGACAUCGGCCGUCGCCAUCGUUCUCUGCUUAUUCUCCGCAGCUUGGAUGUUCGUCGAUGUUAACAACUUCUACGACGCCACCAUGAAAGAGAUGUUUGAAUUCAAAGAUCUCUCCAACGGAGCAUGGACCGCUCUGACGGAACUUACUGUGCCUGCAAAAUCUUCCAGAUCUGCUCAGAUGCUAUUCAACGCUAUCAUUCGCCAGAAACGAAGCGGCUACGCCACGAAGGCUGGAGCUCGCGCUUGCAGAGGUGGACGAUGCGCAAAACCAGCACUCGGAGUCGGAGGUUACGGAGCAGGUGGCAUGAAUGGAGGUGGAGGAUACGCGAAAGGUGGCGGAGGACUGGGAAAUGGAGGUGGA